UCCUGUGCCCGGGGCUGCCUCGCGGACCAUGACCCCAUGACCCUGGGCCUCAGCCCGAGUGAGGGGACAGGUUCUUGCCUUCGUGGGCGACAUUUGUGGCUCCGGCCUUCAGGCGGGGCCUGUGCCCUCUGCAGGCGGCUGCCAGCCCUCGUGCUGCCCGGGCCGACCCCAGCGGCUCCCCUGGGACCAGCUGCCACCUGGCUGCGCACAGUCACAGCGGUGGCUCCCUCCCUCCUGCAUGGGCGUCUCCGGCACGAGACCAGGUCCCGGCUGCAGCAGUGUCCCCUGCGUGUCCUGUGUCCCUCCGCGGUGACAAUGCCCAAGGCCCUGGGCUCUCCUGUGAGCUCCGUCGCACAGUGACCGCUGUGGGCAGCCCGUCUGCCCUGAGCCCCGCAGAUGGCACGCCCUCCUCGCGCCAGUGCCCUGCGAGCUCAUUCUGGGCUUCCACACCACCUCCGCGGACCUGUGCACGCCUCAGGUUUGUCAUGCAAUUUCCAAAUACUUGGGAAUUUUCCAGAUAUCUCUGUUACUGAUUUCUAGCUUAAUUCUGAUAUGGUCAGAGAACGUAGCAUUUCCAUUCAUUGUCAAGGACACACACCACAAGGAAGGCACCGUUGUCUUCGUUUCACACACGGGGAAGCUGUCGGAGGGCUGACCACCCGGGCCACCCGCAGCAGCAGGACCCCAGGGCCCCACUCACACCCCGCACGCCAGGCCCAUGCAGGGCACGGCCUCCCAAAACGCAGCUCCCUCGGGGCCCAGGAAGACCCAGCUGCCCGCUCCUCCCUGCAUGACGUCCGGGGCUGUCGUCCUGCAGAGGCCAGCAGGAGGGACGGGCCGAGGGCUGAGGGCCAGCGGGCGACGGGAAGGGAGUGGUCAGGUGAGCUCCGCGCCAGCUUCCCGCCUUUCCCGUGCAGCUGCCGGGCGGCAGCUCGGUUAACCGGCUACACCAGGUGAGGCGAGGCUUGGGGUUCCCAGACUGCGUUGAAGAUGAGGGUCUGGCUGUACCAGAGCCUGCAGUCCACAGAGGACUCUGCAGCUGUUGUCCACGAACAUGCCCUGCCACCGACAGCCCUUCUGAAGCUGGCUCGGGGUCCCCGAAGUGGCCUCCCAGUCCGCACAGUGGGGCCUGGUAGAGAGGGAGGUGCACAGAGGGGAGGAUGCCGUGGAGGGUGUCAGGGACUACACUUCUGGACAUUUCUUGCUCCCGUCUGGGAGGGACACGGCAUGCUAACUGGUGCCCACGGCCCUGAAGCCUGGGCCCGCCUGCCCCCCAGGACGCCGUGAGUUGGGCUGCUGGCCCUUGUGUGACCCAAGCAUGUGCUGGCCCUGUCGUGUGGGUGUGAGCCGGGCUUGGGUGAGCUCUCCCCUGCCGCGCCCCAUGGGUCUGCCGCAGCCAGCCAGCCCCAAGGCCACACUACCGUCCCCAAGACAGCUGGCAAGGGUGCAGGCGUCAGGCACAGAGCACCCCCGCUGGAGGAGCCCCCAGAAGCCUGUGUCCGGCCUCCUCCAGCCCACAGGAGGCCUCUGCUCUCCCUUCCACCUGCCGGGUGCCGGGGCCAGGCCCCCAGGGCGGCCCCAGGACCCAGGACCCCUGGCCACCAACAGGGCUCCUAGCAGCUUUCCUCUGGAGGGCGGAGGACUUCCACUUCCCUGGCCCCACCUCCUGGGGCCGCCCUGGCUGGGUGGAUCGGAAGGCAGGCCACCGGCACUGGCCCCUGGGGAGGCCGGGCAGCCAGACCGCCAGGAAGUGCACGGGCCGCCUCGUGCCCCGGCUCCUCCCUCCUCCAGCUGCCUGUCUCCCAGCGGGCGCUGCUGGCUACUGCGCGUCUGGUGCCUGCGGCGCAGGUGGCCCUGGAGGACCCUGAGGCCUCCGUCACUCUUCCAGGCCGGCACGGUGACAAGCAGCCGCCAAGGGCCACCGCCACCACCGCCGCCGAGGGAAGCAGGGCGCGGGCCUGGGCGCCGCCCCCGCGAGGCCAUGUCGGACUACGAGAACGACGACGAGUGCUGGACGGCCCUGGAGGGCUUCCGGGUGACGCUCACCUCGGUCAUCGACCCCUCGCGCAUCACGCCCUACCUGCGGCAGUGCAAGGUGCUGAACCCCGACGACGAGGAGCAGGUGCUCAGCGACCCCAGCCUGGUCACCCGCAAGCGGAAGGCAGGUGUGCUCCUGGACACCCUGCAGCGCACGGGCCACAAGGGCUACGUGGCCUUCCUGGAGAGCCUGGAGCUGUACUACCCGCAGCUGUACAAGAAGGUCACGGGCAAGGAGCCCUCCCGCGUCUUCUCCAUGAUCAUCGAUGCGUCCGGGGAGUCGGGCCUGACGCAGCUGCUGAUGACGGAGGUGAUGAAGCUGCAGAAGAAGGUGCAGGACCUGACGGUGCUGCUGCGCUCCAAGGACGACUUCAUCGAGGAGCUGCGCCUGAAGGACGGGCUGCUGCGCAAGCACCAGGAGCGCGUGCAGCGGCUCAGGGAGGAGUGCGAGGCGGGCGGCCGCGAGCUCAAGCGCUGCAAGGACGAGAACUACGACCUGGCCAUGCGCCUGGCCCGCCAGAGCGAGGAGAAGGGCGCUGCGCUCAUGCGGAACCGCGACCUGCAGCUCGAGGUCGACCGGCUCAAGCACAGCCUCAUGAAGGCGGAGGAGGACUGCACGGUGGAGCGCAAGCACACGCUGAAGCUCCGGCACGCCAUGGAGCAGCGGCCCAGCCAGGAGCUGCUCUGGGAGCUGCAGCAGGAGAAGGCCCAGCUGCAGGCCCGGCUGCAGAGCCUGGAGGCCUCCGUCCAGGAGGGGAAGCUGGGCAGGGGCAGCCCCUACAUCCAGGUGCUGGAGGAGGACUGGCGGCAGGCGCUGCGCGACCAGCAGGAGCAGGCCAGCACCAUCUUCUCCCUGCGCAAGGACCUCCGCCAGGGCGAGGCCCUGCGCGUCCGGUGCAUGGAGGAGAAGGAGAUGUUCGAGCUGCAGUGCCUGGCCCUGCGCAAGGACUCCAAGAUGUACAAGGAGCGCAUCGAGGCCAUCCUGCAGCAGAUGGAGGAGGUGGCCAUCGAGCGGGACCAGGCCAUGGCCAUGCGGGAGGAGCUGCACACGCAGUACGCCCGGAGCCUGCAGGAGAAGGACGAGCUGCGCAAGCGGGUCCGCGAGCUGUGCGAGAAGGCGGACGAGCUGCAGCUGCAGCUGUUCCAGCGCGAGGCGCAGCUGCUGGCCACCGAGGGCCGGCUCAAGCGGCAGCAGCUGGAGACGCUCGUCCUGAGCUCUGACCUGGAGGAUGGCUCGCCCCGGAACUCCCAGGAGCUCUCGCUCCCCCAGGACCUGGAGGAGGACGCCCGCCUCUCGGACAAAGGCCUGGCUGACGGGGAGCACCCGGAGCAGCCCUCUGCGGCCCCGCAGAAGGAACACCUUUCACUGACACCCAACGACACAGGCCUGACCAGCGGGGAGCCCCCGGAGAAGGAGCGGCGGCGCCUCAAGGAGAGUUUCGAGAACUACCGCAGGAAGCGCGCCCUCAGGAAGAUGAAGAACAGCUGCAGACAGGGCGAGGCGGACCGCGGGAACAGCUCGGGCAGCGACAACACCGACGCCGAGGGCUGCUAGCGGGCGUGGGGGCCGCGGCCGACGGGAGCCCGGGGCUGCGCCGCGGGCUGCGCCCGCCCGAGGGCGCGGGCUGGGCCCCGCCGGCGAAACCCCCGCGGCGGUUCUUGCUGCCCGACGCGCUCGCGCUGUGGAAGCGGCGGGAACGAGGCUGAGCAAUAAACAACAAAAAGGAACAGUCCCUGUCCGCUUCGCGCCCGCGGGACCCCGGGCGGCGGGGCGUGCGGAAGCCCCA